AUGUCAACAACGUAUCUCAUCACAGGCACAACCCGCGGUAUUGGCCAUGCCAUAGUCCGCGCCCUCCUUCUGCGCCCCUCGACGACUGUCAUCGCUGGCGUCCGUGAUCCGGCCCAUGCGGCGGCGCAGGCCCUCACGUUGCUCCCCAGAUGCGACUCGUCAAGACUGGUUGUCCUGGCCCUCGACGCUGCCGACCUCGCAGCGCCCUUCCAAGCCGUAGCAACGCUGCAGUCCGAGCACGGCAUCAAGGUACUUGACGUGGUCAUUGCCAAUGCUGCGGCCGGUGAAUCAGGCAACACCAUUCUGCAGACGGACCUCGAGUCUGUGGGCCACCACGUCGCGAUCAACACGACGGCACCGUUGGCUCUGUUGCAGGCCACGGCGCCGCUCCUCCGAAAGUCGGCAAACCCCAAGUUCAUCGGCAUCGGCUCAGAGCUGGGCUCGGUCGCCAGAAUUGAGGGCAUGGUGGCGUCGCCGUGGCCUCGCACGACGAGCCCCUACGGCCUCACCAAGGCAGCGCUCAACUGGGUCGUGCGAACGGCGCACUUUGAAGAGCCCUGGCUCACAGCGGUCGUGGUGACACCGGGCCUGGUCAAGACGGACAUGGCAGCGGUUGCGGUCAAGGACAGCGGCAUAGGUCUCGAUGCGCUGGGCGCUAUCACGACGGAAGAGAGUGCCGAGGGGGUGUUGAAGGCGGUAGACCGGGCGUCGAGGGAUGGGCCAGGGUUUUUGAAGUAUGACGGAGGGGAGGUGCCGUGGUAG